CCUUCAACCUAUUGAAAACAAAUGACUGAUAUAUUUCCUGUUUGUUAAUACAAUGAAAAGAAGGAAAAUUAUGGGUUUUAUUCAUUAGGAAUAUGAUAUGUUUAUAAACAGUUUGUGUAAUACUACAAACAAUUUGAAAGGAUAAACACGGUUGCGAAAUUUCAUAACUUAUAAAAGGAAUUUGAGGCUUAAGUGUGUAAAUACGCGCGUUUUUACUAAAAUUUCAACCUAAAAUGGCUGAUUUUACAGAGAGUCAAACUGCUGAAUUCAAGGAGGCAUUCAGAUUGUUUGAUAAGGAUGGUGAUGGCAAAAUCACAACAAAAGAGUUGGGAACAGUAAUGAAGUCUUUGGGACAUAAUCCUACAGAAGCAGAAUUACAAGACAUGAUCAAUGAGGUGGAUGCCGAUGGAAAUGGAACAGUAGAUUUUUCAGAAUUCCUCACCAUGAUAGAAAAGACGAUGAAAGAAGCUGACAUUGAUCAGAAAAUACUCGAUGCAUUUCGAGAAUUUGAUAAAGAUGGUAACGGUUUUAUAAGUGCAGCUGAACUGAGACAGGUUAUGACAAAUCUUGGAGAAAAACUUACAGAUGAAGAAGUUGAUGAAAUCAUGAAAGAAGCCGACACCGAUGGAGAUGGUCAGAUCAACUACAAAGAGUUUGCUGCCAUGUUGAAGGAGAAAUAGCUAUUCAACGAUUUCCUAUUUCUACAAUCUUUAUAUAUCUAAAGCAUUGUCGUUGUACUUAAAGUUAUUUAUGACACUCCGGAUGUCAAUUAAACAAUUUUGAGCUGUAUUACAAUGCAGAAUUAUUUUAUAUAUGUCUGUUAAAAAUGUACAAAUCUUUCCCUGAAAAAAAAUGUUUAAGCACGCUAUACAGUACAUGUUAAUUACUGUCACCCAUGUACAUUUGAGUCAGUAUAUUAUUGAAAUUUUGUUUAUAUUUCUGCUCGUUUUUAUGCUACAAGCAUAGUUAUAGUUAACGCACAGCUUUAUUGUAUAAUAUAAUUAAAGAUCCUGUAACACAUUUUUUCAUGGUUUUAUUUCAUAUAUAUGAUGCUCAAAUUAAGAUUUGUCAAUAUUGUAAGUUUCAAUAAGUAUUAUUUAUAAAGCUAUUACAGAAUUUAACAUUUCAUGUAAAUAAAGGGAGGUAAUUAGAAAUCUAUUUUCUAUAAAUUCUAAGUUAAACUUUCCAAUAAGAAAUGAAUGCAUAUAAUUUAUUGAUUAAAUAUAAUGUGCACAAAUAUUUGCAGUACACAUUUUACAUAUUCUUC